GGUUGGCCAGGCUCCAGUACAAACAACACACAGUAGAAAAAGUAUCUCAAAUAUUCGUCACGUAUCUGAAGCGUGUUCGUAACUCGUAUCUUUGGCGCGUGAAAGUGUCAGCAAACAGAAACUGAGCCCAGCAAGGAUAACGACAAAAUAAAAUAUAAAAUAAAAAAAACUGGUAUGCUACAAAUCUGGCAAUUUGGCACAAAGGAGCCCGAACUGCUUAACUUUUAAUGUGACGACGGGGCUAAUUUUAUGGCCAGCCUGCGACUGAUAACAGCGAUAAGAUAAGACAAAGUGUGGCAAAUCAAAUGCCGCUCGUAAAAAUGCCGCGUUCGCCUUUUGCCAAGUGUUCAAAUUUAUGCUCGAAAUCGUAAUUGAAUUUUAUGCGCAAAGUUGGCGGCAUUUUGACCGAUAUCCAAAACAAAAAAAAAAACAUUUACAUUUUGUGGCCUCGAUAACGGCCAACACUUGCGCGCAGAGCCGGGCAACGGAGUCGCCAGACACAAAAAAAAAUAUAAAUAUAAAAGAAGUGGCAAAAUCAGUUAACUUUAUCCAGCUGCAAACGUGGCCCACUGACUGCUCAAUGAAAAGUUUGGUUGCCGUCGAAGCAACUUUGCUGAAGUAGCGCGCGACCCCUGCGGUUAGUGGCCCCCACUGUACAGAAUUUAAUAAAGCCCGCAGCAGCUCCCCCCCUCCCCCCUACUCGUACGUGUGCGGGGGUGUGCUGUCCGGACUGGGAUCACACGCAGCGCGACAAAAGCCGCCCGCAGCGCUUUUAUAUGCGCACAUAAUUCAAAAACACUGCAAAAGUUAAUGCCCAAAAGCGACGGCGCAAUGAUAACCAACAAUAAUUUGGAUUAUGAGAAGAGCUGCCUGACAGCGGCCACAGCAGCAGCAGCAGCAUCAGCAGCCGACGCUGCGGCAACAAUUGCCAGCAGCAAAAGCAACGGCAGCAACAGAAACGGCAGCGCCAGCAGCAGCAACAAUUCAUCGCCCACCGCCGACAACCAAAACAACUCCAAUUCGAAUUCGAGCUCGCAUUCGAUAACGAGUUCGCAUUUGAAUUCGAAUAACAGCCCCCAGAGCUCAUACUUUAAUCGGUUCGAUAAUCGCAUUGCCGCCAAUCUGGCAGCGGUCAUAACAGGCGCUCGUUUCCGCUCCUCCUCCUGCAACAGUCGCCAGCAGCAGCAGCAACAGCAGUCGCAAUCGCAGCAGCAGCAGCCACCCCACAGCCAGGCCCGGCAGGUGAACAACAGCUCGCGAUCCUCUUACCACUACCUGAGCGCAACGCGUGGCAGAUCGACAUUGAGCACAGCCACGCCCCCAUCGCCAGCCAGCCUGGGCAGGCGGCGACCAUUGCAUCUAUUCACCCAGGCGAAUCUCAACUGCAAUGAGAACGAGAAGGUGGCGCAAACGCCCAGCUCCGAUGAGGAUAACUCGCCCACAGAGCUGAACAAUUGCAAGCGCCUCACGGACAAGCCGCCGCUGGUUAAGCGCCUGACCAUGGGUCUGCUGCGCCACAACGAGGAGUCACGCCCGCUGGUGGCAAAUGUCACCCCGCUGAGUGCAGCUGCAUUGCUGAAAGGCGAGAACAGCCAGCCCAUCUACUCGAACGGUUACAUCAAUGAGGACUCGUACAUCGAUAGCAAAUUCGGAGACUCUUGCCGCCAAUCCCUGACAGCCAUACCCAUGCUGGACAAUGUCAACCUGAACGACAACAGCGAGUUCAAUCUGAAGAAGCGCUAUCUGCGCGAGACCAGCAGCGCCAACUCCAGUCCCAAGAUCUUUGCCAAUCGCCUGCGUGUUAACAAUGCAGCAGCCGCAGCAGCAGCAGCAGCCGCAGCGGCGACUCUGGCAGCGAAUCAGCGCAGCAGCAGCUUGGCGAACACACACAGCCACGAGCAGGAUGUGGAGGAGGAGUCGGAUACGGAGCUGAAGGAUGCCUGCUGGUAUCAGGCGGGCAUCUCGCGUGACAUCGCCAUCGAGGUGCUGCAGAGCAAGAGUCCCGGCGCAUUUCUGGUACGCAAGAGCAGCUCCAAGCCCGGCUGCUAUGCGCUGACAUUGCGCGUACCCUCGCCGCCAGGACCCAAGAUAGCCAACUAUAUAAUACUGCGCUCGCCACGAGGCUACAAGAUUAAGGGCUUUCGCAAGGAGUUCUCCAGCCUGAAGGCGCUGAUAACCCACCAUUCCGUAAUGCCGGAACUGCUGCCCGUGCCGCUGGCCAUGCCCAGGCCCACAAAUAUGUCCUCAUCGCGCCGCAAUCUGGACGACUUUGAUACCUACGAUUCGCUGCAGAUGCUGCUCAAGUAUCUGCGCGCCAAGAAUCUCGAAACGGAACAGUAGCCAGAGAGUUAUACUCAAGUCUAUACGGAACUCGGAUCUCAUACUAAUACAAUUCUAGCACAAGAUUGCAUUUAAGUAAGCAUGAAAAGCAAAAUAAUUUUGCCUAAAAAUAUUCUAUACCAAAAAUGUGAUACUCUAUGAAAAGAAAAAGGACACAAAGCACACACACACACACACUCAUACACACACAUUAAAUACACUACUCAACACGAAUAACUGCAAAUGAAACGCCUAGCUGAUAAAUGGUGAAAAUAAUUCUAGUUUAGUUUGCUUUUUUCUGCAAUAUGGAAAAGGAAUAUGGAAAGAAAAUGGAAAAGGCUAGGCAGAGUGAAAUUGAGAAAGACGCUAUCUAUUCUAGUUUCCCACCCUCCACUUCUAUA